GGUCAUCCCCUCCCCUCCCCGCCCCGGCCGUGGGCGGGCGGUGCCGGCGGCGCCGCGGGGCCCCCAUGGCGGCGGCAGCGGAGCGCACGGACGAGCUGGUGCGGGAGUAUUUGCUGUUCCGCGGCUUCACCGCCGCCCUGAAGCAGCUGGACGCCGAAAUCAAGGCGGACCGGGAGAAGGGUUUCCGGGUGGAUAAGAUAGUGGAGCAGCUGCAGCAGUUUGUGCAGAGCUACGACCUGGCUGCCCUGCGGGAUUACUGGAGUUAUCUGGACCGACGCCUCUUCAGCCGCCUGGAGGACGUGUACCGGCCAACGGUGAACAAGCUGAAAACCAGCCUGUUCAGAUACUACCUGGUCCAUGCCAUCCAGAAUGGCCGCAAUGACAAGGCGCAGGAGUUUUUCCUCAAGCAGGCCUCCGAGCUCCAGAACCAGGCAGAGUGGAAGGAUUGGUUUGUUCUGCCCUUCCUCCCUGCUCCAGACUCCAACCCCACCUUUGCUACCUAUUUCUCACGCCAGUGGGCAGAUACCUUCAUUGUAUCUCUGCACAACUUCCUGAGCGUCUUAUUUCAGUGCAUGCCAGUUCCAGUCAUACUGAACUUUGAAGCUGAAUGUCUCAGGACCAGUCUCAUACAAGAGGAAAAUGAAUCGUUGCGACAUAAGCUGUUUGCUCUGCAGGCUGAAUCCUCCCGCACGAAGAAAGAGGAACUGGAGGUGGAGCAAACAGUUCUGCAUCACAAGUUGCCUGCAUAUGUGGCCAACAUGGAUCGGCUGGGGGACUCUGAGCUUGAUAUGACCUGCAACCAGAGGAAUACAGCACAUUCUCUUCAGUCCCGGGGAGGCUUUCUGUCCUCCUUCCUCUCCCAAAGUAAAAAGGGCCCUUCCAGACCAGUCCAUUCAAGUGGGGCUUCUCCAAUGCAGGCUAGCAGUAUGCUGCUAGGGAAGAAAGAACCAACAAAUCACCAGAGUGCCAAAGGAAAAGAAGGAGCAGUGAGCUCUAAGGAUGGGAAGAGCCACUUCAGUGGUUUGGUGGCAGGAGAGUCCAGUUCCCUGCAGCAGCGGCAGAAGCGCUUGCAAGAGCACGGGAAAGAAAGGAAAGAACUGUUGUCAAAAGGGACUUUCCAGGGCCAAAGUGCUGAGAAGAAAACAGAUACUAACGCAGCUGAGGCAGAACCAUGCUCAGAGCUGCAUGCUGAGCAAACAGAGACUUCAGCCAGAAUGCCUGGCAGCAGUGCAGAGGCUGUGGGGGUCCGGCAGGAGCAGCCUUUCAUCGUCCUGAGCCAGGAGGAGUAUGGGGAGCACCACUCAUCCAUCAUGUACUGCAGGGUUGAUUGUUCUGGACGGAGGGUGGCCAGCUUGGAUGUGGAUGGGGUCAUCAAAGUCUGGUCUUUUAACCCCAUAAUGCAAACAAAAGCUUCAUCCAUUUCCAAAUCUCCAUUGCUGUCCCUGGAAUGGGCCACCAAGCGUGAUCGGCUGCUGUUGCUUGGCAGUGGGGUUGGGACAGUUCGUCUUUAUGACACAGAAGCAAAGAAGAAUCUCUGUGAAAUCAGCAUUGAUGAAGACAUGCCCAGGAUCCUUUCACUUGCCUGCAGCCCAAGUGGUGCCUCCUUUGUCUGCUCUGCAGCAGCCCAGAGCCCUGUCUCCCACAUUGACUUCUCAGUAAUCAACUCUGGGGGCAAAAGCAUGAACCAAGUUCCUGGGAAGCUGCUACUGUGGGACACUAAAACAAUGAAACAGCAGCUGCAGUUCUCCCUGGAGCCUGAGCCCAUUGCCAUUAACUGCACAGCCUUCAACCACAAUGGCAACCUGUUGGUCACCGGGGCUGCAGAUGGGAUUGUUCGUCUCUUCGAUAUGCAGCAGCACGGGUGCGCCAUGAGCUGGAAGGCACACGAUGGGGAAGUCUACUCCGUGGAGUUCAGCUAUGAUGAGAACACAGUCUACAGCAUAGGAGAGGAUGGCAAGUUUAUUCAGUGGAACAUCCAUAAAAGUGGCUUGAAGGUGUCUGAGUAUGACCUUCCCAGGGAAGCUACAGGUCCUUUUAUUCUGUCUGGGUACAGUGGCUACAAGCAAGUCCAGUUCCCACGAGGGCGGCUUUUUGCUUUUGACUCUGAGGGCAAUUACAUGUUGACAUGUUCUUCUACUGGGGGAGUCAUUUUUAAGUUAAAUGGUGAGGAAAAGGUUCUGGAGAGCUGCCUUUCCCUGGGAGGACACCGAGCUCCUGUUGUCACAGUGGAUUGGAGCACAGCUAUGGACUGCGGGACCUGCCUCACUGCUUCUAUGGAUGGGAAAAUUAAAUUAACAACCUUACUGGCUCAAAAGUCUUAACAUGGACAGUACUGAAGGGGGAAAGAGCAAUAGAGAUGACAAACCCAGUGUUAACUCACAGGAACAAACUGCAUGGGAGAGAAGGCAAAAAAGUCCCUCUUCUCAGUGUAGCUUUUUCCUCUUUAUAAAUACAUUUGCCAAACCACUGUGCAACAGAAUGCC